CAUUAACCAGAGCUUUGUGUGUAAAGAUGGGCAGUACGACCGCCAUCCGUCCCUUGCUUCGUCCAGAAUCAGUCAAAAAGGUCAUCGACACCUACCUCUCGAUUAGAUCUAUGCCCUCUGUUUGCUCAUAUUCUUCACCAUAUUAGCAACUCAAACAGAACGUCUUCGCUGGCUAGGGAACCAGUAAGAAAUCUGCACAAUGGUAAGUGCCCCAAAUCAUGGCGACCAUUGAGAAAGUGGCUCAAAUGUCUCGUCAGAUAUCCCCUCUCAUCUACUUCCUUCUCCUCCAAGUCGCCCCUCUCACCCUCGGUGCUCCGCGACGGGCCCUCUCACCUCCCCGGCAGCGAGAAACCAUCCUCGAUGUCGACUUCAACGGAGACGGCGAAGACAUGGUCAGAGAGAUCCUGAACCGGCCGUAUAGCACGAGACACAACGACGGCAGCGAUAGUAACAAGCCCUUUCACGGCGUCCGCUUCUCCGAGAGCGAUCAGGGUAGAGUGCGCGUGGCGCGGGCUGAUCCGAUCAACAUGGAAGCAUUACGGACGGUUGUCGAGGAACAUGCUCUAGAGUGGGCGUUACUCGAGGAGGUUGAGGUUGACGACGACCUUUCCGAGGACGGCGAGGAUGAGGUUGAUGAAGACCUUUCCGAGGACGAUGAGGACGAGGUUGAUGACGACCUUUCCGAGGACGGUGAGGAUGAGGUUGUCAGGAGAGUCCACGAGCAAGGUACCUUGGAUAAAGAUGCGUACUCUGGUCCUGAGAGGAGAGACGUCGAAGGCGGUUUGUGGAACCCCGUCCUUAGAGACGGAGGGAGGAGUGAAGAUCCCUUUGCGAAGCCAAAGUUCCGCGAGGGACAGGGGGGGUUCGUUCAGUGCGCGGGAUGCUCUGACACCAGAGGUGGCUCCGACGGAUGGAAGAGAUCUACGCCCUUUGUUAAGCGAACAAACACUCCCACCACCGCCGCCGCCAACGAGACUCAUCACUGGCACCCAGCAGACCUCCUCGACGCCCUCGAUCGCAACAACGCAAGCCCGUUAGCAUGGGACAUCCCCACCACCACAACCACCCCCUCCCCCUUCCAAAAGCGCGGAGAAACAGACUGGACCUGCAACCGCAUCGGCCAGAAAAACACUAAAGAAGCUCUAUUGAUCAUGUACGACGUCUUCAACAACGUCUUCGGCACCGAGCCCCUACGGGGCCUGACGAACCAGUGUUAUGUAGCCGAGUGUCAGGACUGGUACUUUAGUUACUGCCAAAUGUCGGUCGACGUUAAAGAGGAGAGACCGGGCGCGCGGAAGAAGGUGGUUGAUCGCGAUCCGGGGAAGGGAGGGUCGUGUUAUGCGGUCGCGGACGGGGAGGAUUCCAAUCGGUACCAUCGGUACUUUUUUGGGCAUGUUAGUGCGAAUCCGAUUCCGAAUUAAGGUGGGGGGUUCAAUGUGAGGAGGUGUAAUUGAAGAGCUUAGAUGAGGAGCAGUUUCUUUCUAUGCGUAGAUAUAGCAUAUUAUAUUUUGACCAGUUGUGG